AAUCAACAUGGAGAACUAGGAAGUCACCACUGGUUUGUGCGGAUCACAUUGCACAAUGACCUGAAAUGAUUUAUACUGAGGAUGCCAAACAACAAGACGUAAUAAUUGCGUACAGCUGUGUUACGAUAACCGGACAAUAUGUUUAGAUCUGUGGAAAAAUGAUUUGGAGGUAACAGGAUCGGGGUUGUUUUAUUUUUUGUCGGUGCAAAAUCUGGAUGGCAAGUGUAUUAAUUAUACAUGUCUUACUAAAAGAUGAAUGUGAUUUAUUUUAUGUGUGAUUUCGCUGUCAGAGUGUAAGGAUGUCGUUAAAACAUUUACUCCAAGCAUUUGUUUAUAUCUACAUUUAAUUAUAGAUUUAUUCUUCGUUUUAAAUGUCAUCCCAAACCAGAAUAUACUUAGAAAAGCACGGAUUUCUGAGAUAAUCUUGUGAUUGGGCCAGAUGUGAAAUAUACUGUCGACUGCUGGAGAAACAGUUUUCCAACUUUUUUUUUAUGUUAGGAGUAUAGCCUAGAUCUGUUACGUGAGAGUGCUUAAUAAGAAAUGACACUGUACACACUGGCAUUUUGAAAGUUAGAGCCUAGUUAUAUCUGAUUCACGUUCCAAUGGCUUCGUACAGCUGUUGAGUAUGGAUUAUGUAAUCUUUUAUCGAUAUGCAUUGUAACGAACCAUUUAUAAUGUUUUAAUUUUGUUUUUUACCUUUUUGUGCCAUCAUUAUCAAGCAGUUGACUCUUAAAUAAAAUUAAAUAGAUUUUUUUUAAAAAAUUGAACAAUGUCACUCGCAGAACAGUCCCAAAAGUGGUUUCCAACCCAUGUACAAGCCACUGUACUACUAGCCAAAGACUUAAUACCCAAAGGUAAAAAUGGCUCCAAUGAUGCUUACACCAUCAUCCAGCUGGGCAAAGAGAAGUACUCUACAUCUGUGGCUGAGAAGACUCUUAAUCCAGUAUGGAAAGAAGAAGCUUCCUUUGAGCUCCCUGGUUUGCUUCUUGAAGGCAACCCAGAAAUCUAUGAGCUGCACCUCAUAGUAAUGCAUAGGUCUCUUGUGGGGAUGGAUAAAUUCUUGGGACAGAAGGCCAUCAACCUCAAUGAAAUCUUUGAUAACAAGGAACGAAGAAAAACUGACUGGUAUAGUUUGGAGUCCAGGCCUGGAAAGAAGAGGAAAGAUCGGGGGCAGAUCCAGGUCAGCAUCCAGUUCAUGAGGAACAACAUGACGGCCAGCAUGUUCGAUCUCUCCAUGAAAGACAAGCCCCGCUCGCCUUUCUCUAAGCUCAAAGACAAGGUGAAGGGCAGGAAGCAUGAUGGGAUGCUCUCCGACACCUCCUCUGCCAUCCUUCCGCGAUCCCUCCACUGUGACACCGACUCCCAGCUCUCUGAAAGGGAUCGCCACCUCAAAACCAAACCUAAACGUACGCUGCUCCUGGGACCACAGAAGCUUUCCGCAGCCCAUUCCAUGUCUGAUCUCAUCGGCUCCCAUUUCCGCCCUAAGCUGGAUUCCAUGAAUUCAAUCGAGGAGAGUGGCAGUGGUGGCUCACCUCAUCGGAGGUCUCAGAGUGAGGUGCCCUCCAACCUGCCAAGUCAAAGUGAGAGCGAGGGUGGCCAGAGCGACCCCUUUGCAGACAUCUCUGACUCGUUGCCUCAGAAAUACGCCACCCUCCCACGGAACCGAAACCCCUUCGAGAGUGAACAGCUUACGUACUGGGACAAGCCAGAGAAAAAGGAGAAGAAGGAGAAAGUCAGCCUCCUGGAGAGAGUUACGGGGAAGAAAGAUGGCAAAAAGAUGAGCAAUGGAGCUAGGUCUGGCAGCUCCACUGACCUGCGCUCUCCGAAUCCUUUCAGUGACGAUCUACACAGUGAUACCAACCCCUUCACCUUCAACUAUAAGAUUAGCAACACAGCUUCAAAGAUAAGCUCCAAUUUAAAGAAGCCUAUGAGCAGUGAAGACAUCAGUCCAAACAAACACACGUCACCGAACAAGAAAGAAAAUCAAGCCAAGAAAAAAGAAGAAACCCCAGCCAGUGUACACUCAUACAGCAACCUGUCUUUUGAGGAGGUGGUCCAGGAGCUAAUCAAGCAGAAGGAAGUAGUAAAGAAAAAAGAUGCCCACAUCCGGGAGCUGGAGGACUAUAUCGAUGACCUGCUUGUUAGGGUCAUGGAGGAAACUCCCAGCAUUCUGCGCAAGCCCUAUGAGCCUACCAAAAAAGCAGGGAAAUUCUCCAAAAAAAAAAAGCUGUCCGACUGGUCAGGCUGAGAAGAAUGGGAAAAAACGAAUAAGAAGUUAAACAUGACACAAGAUUGUAUCACAUUGCUUGGGCAAGUAUGUCCACAACUGCCUAAUUUAAUGAGAUAAAAGCAGCCCGUAAUCACACACAGUACAGUACCACCUCUUGCUUUCUUUCUUAAUUUUCCCAUCUUCAAGUAACAUCAGUAGUUCUGUGUAAGGUCUAGUGUGUGCUGUAGGUUGCAUCCUAGGAUGUUUUUCAUACAAUUUGAGCAAUUCUAUAGUUGUUUGUUCCAAGAUGUUAGCCGUUAGUGGUUUUCCUAUUUAAGUCUCAGAGGCAUUUGACAUGUAGUUCCCUGUCUGACUUUUUUCCACUUGCACUUACAGGUAUAUAAUGUAUAACUGCUUCACACUUUUUUAAUGCAACUGGAAAUGGUACUUUAAUCUCUUGUGUUUGAAAUAUUUUCCAUAGCAUUCUGUAGUUAUGUAGUCAAAAAAAAGUAUUUACCCUUCUGUAUGAAGUGUGCAAAUUAAUAAUGUAAUAAAUCCUUGCUUUUGUAUGGUGAUUUUCAUUCUAGAGAGUGCCAGAGCAUUUUCCACAUACAGUGUACUUUAUCCACCACUGAAGUACAGCACCCCCUUGUACGCACUGCAGGCAGGGCAGGUGAAAUUAGAAAUAACCUUACUAAUUUAAUUAAGGGAGUUACUGUAGGAAAGUGAUAUUACACAACCCCAGAGUGGAAUUUAGCCAGGACAUAAGGGCUGACACCUCUGCUGUUACUGUACAAGCAAUCUCAUAGGAUCUUCAAUAACCACAUAAUCACAGCUUAAUGUCUCAUCCAAGAGACAGGACUUCCUACAGUACAGUGUCCCCAGUCACCAUACAAAGAAAUUGGUUUAGGAAGUCUAGUACAGAGAGAGGGGUACCACCUACUGGUUUACCAACACUACUUACAACAACAACCUGUUGCCACCUCCAUUCUUAGGAGAUCUCUCUAACUAGGCCUAAACUUGCUUAGCUUGUGAGAUCUUAUCAGAUCUAUCUACAUGGUGAUAAUGCUUCUGCUGUACAUAUUAGGGCAUGAGAGAAGUAAUAAAGUUAUAAUUAAUUCAAAAAUAAAACACUGGAUAUUCAACUAACUGUUUGACUGAUAGAUACUGGUUGUAUCUGUAACUUACUCCUUACUGAGUGCCUAGCACGUACAGUAUUCCUGAAUUUCUGACACAGUGUCCUGAAGGGUUUGUCCUGUUGUGGAUUGUGGCUGAGAAGUAUUUUCUUACUCUGGGUAAAAACAUUUUCAAAUGGGGGGUUGGUAUAUAUUUGGUAUAUGUGAAUGCACAAGACUCCUAACUCAAAGUAGAGUAAAAUUAGUUGUGUAGCUGUACUCCAGAAAUAUCACUUGCCAUCUUACCAUCUCUCUUCCAUGUUUUAGAUUUUAUCAGCAGUAGUUUCUUUGAUGCUAUGUUUGCUUAUUCUAGUUUUAACAGCUUUCUAAAAUAAAUAAUGGAAAUACUGUAAAAUAGUAUAAAUAAAUAGUUCUAAAAAGGUAUUUUUAGAUGAAAAAAAUCACCUCCCAACUAAUUGAAGUUGGAAUGCUCUGUUGAUUUCUGGUAAAAAGUUGAGCUUAAUCUCACGAUUAACUACAAAUUAGUACGUUUUAAAAGGGCCGUGGGAUGUAAGAUAGAAGAAUCACAGUGAAGGAUAGGAAAGUGAAGGUCACAAUAAAGUGACUUUGGAAAUGAUUAAUUAAAACUACUUUAUUUCAUGUUUUAUCCAAGCUGACAGAAAAUAGUAGAAAAGGGAUGUAAACUGUUCCUUUUGUUCCUUUUGUACAACUACAGGGCACCAUACAGGCACACUUCCCAGAUAACUUCCCAGCGGAAUCCAGUGUUUUAAUAAACAGGAUCAAAUGUAUUGCUAUACUCGUGUUUGUCUGCAAAGCAUGUACAGUAUGUGUUCAUAAAGGCUCUCCAGCUUCAUGUAUUACACAGAGGGUUUAGGAGCAACAACUCCUGAUUUAGCAGCUAUGCUGUAGCUCUUUGUCCAUAUCUUGUCACUAAAGAUUCUUUCCAAAGAUAUUUUUUGCUUCAUUUUCUGCUUCAGGUGUUUCUCAUUUCAUUAUCUCUGAAGAAUUCCAGCUAUCCAAAGCAGACAGGCAUUCUGUCGUACCAAAAUUGUGAGAAAAGUUGAUAUGCCAAGUGAAGUCUUUGGGAGUGUGCAAAGGAUAAAAUAAGUAGAAAUAAAGCAGUGGAAAUAUGGGAUUCUGAUGUUCUUAAGAAUGACAAUACUGACUUCGUGAAAGAGUGGUCACCCAGAGACAGUUUUGGUCAUUCACUCUUUUGCUGCACAUAUCACUGCCAACUUCACUGGUGUGCAAAAAUCUUAGACAUUUGGGAUAUCAUCAAGAUAUAAAAAAUCUACAGUACCCAUGUUAUGAGAAUGAAGAACGGCUUUU